UGCGCCGCUCCGGGUCUGGUAGGCUGCGCGGGCCACAGCGCGUCCCCGCGCGCCAUGGCUGGGCUGCUGGGGCUGCUGGGCCCCGCUGGCAGGGUGGGUGCGGCGAUCCGGCCUCGCGCCACCUGGCUCCUGAGAGCUGCCGCCCCCUGCGCCCCGCCGCCCGUGUUCCUGCCACUGCUCCAGCCGAGGCCGGAAGCCCAGCUGCUGCGCGCUGCAAGCGGGGACGGCCACGGCCGCCAGGACCCCAGCAAAAUCACUGCGACAACAGGCAGCAACAUCAGCAGAGCAGAGGAGAAAAAGCAAAGCAAGUCACAGCAGCUGAAAAAGGUUUUUCAAGAAUAUGGCGCCGUUGGCGUGUCCUUACACAUUGGAAUCUCACUAAUCUCCUUGGGCAUAUUUUACAUGGUGGUUUCAAGUGGCGUGGACAUGUCUGCAAUCCUGCUUCAACUCGGAUUUAAAGAGUCACUGGUCCAGUCAAAAAUGGCAGCGGGCACAGGGACCUUCGUGGUGGCCUACGCCAUCCACAAGCUGUUUGCGCCAGUGCGGAUCAGCAUCACCUUAGUGUCUGUGCCCUUUGUUGUCAGGUAUUUUCGGAAAGUGGGAUUUUUCAAACCCCCAGCUGCAAAGCCUUGAGGAACUCAAUUGUGGGCCUGAAAACCUAUUUGUUUUAAAUUACACAUUUUGGAUUGGUUUUUGGGUUGUCGGGGUUUUUUUGGUGGGAGGAAGGCUAAUUGCUAGGUUCUCAUGGAUAAGUUUUACUUUUGCCAGCAUCAUUCAAGUUUGUGAAUAAUUGUAAUUUUUCUGCUUUAUCAAUCUUGUUCAUCAUAGGGCUUGUAUACAUAAUCUAAAACGUCAGCAAAGCAUCACAAAUGAGUUGUCGUCUCAAACAAAACUGUUAGCCUAGGAAAUAGUCCUUCUGGAAGAUCCUUGGUGAGGUCUGUCUGCAAAAGCCCCAGGGGUUAAUCUUUGCUCAAGUUCUUAAAGGACAGUGAUUCAUUAGCUGGUUUUUAAAAUUCCCCUUCCUCCAACGUUUGUCAAGCUGCCUGUGGUUUAAUAUGCAAUAUUCUGCAGAACAGCUGCCGGUGCGACAAUUAAUGAAGCAGAAUUUAAGACUUAAUAUGUAAUCAAGAUCUAAAUUAGCAUCAACACUUUGACAUUCAUUGUACUUGUUUUGGGGAAAGAAAAACAAGUAUUUCUGGUGUGUUUCAUUGAUUCCAAAACACCUUCAAAUCUGGACAUGAUGGGGCCUACCUCAGGUGGUUUUUCUUAAAUUUCAUUAAAGUAGGUCAGGGUCGCUUGUCUUGGUUUAGGUAAAAUAUGGAAACUUUGUCCAAUAGCAAUGACAUCACUUGGCUCCAGGUACCCCGUCCUCAGAAGAAUUUGGAUACUGCACAUAUGGAAAGCUAAAACAAUCUUUGCCUAACCUUCUGUAUCUCAAACUUCAGACAUUCCAGAAUGGCUGUCACAAUGUUUACAUUGUGUUGCUACUUAUAUUUUCCAAUUGAGUUAAAAUUAUUUAAAAAAAGAUUUUGUGUCACUCUCUAAAAAGGAACAUUAGUAGCACUUGCUGUAAGUGGGAGGCAACUGUGAAAUAGCACAAGCCGGAGAGAGGGAGGGAGCAGGCGAGAUGACAUUCUGCUUUGCCACUUUUACCGGGAAAAGGAUGUCUGACCUGAAGCCCCCCCACUUUCUCUGUUGGGGACCUUAGUUAAGAAUAGAAAUUCAACUACACAGACCCAAAUUGAGACUCUGUCCUUUUCGUAGUCAGGAGCAGACAGUGAGAAGUUCCUUCCUGUGGGAUCCAGCAUCCUGAAAUGCUGCCCUCCAGGCCGGGCUCAUGCAGCACGCUUGCUCCACCCUCCCGGAGUCCCAGUCUAACUACUUCUGCCCUGCCACUGUGGUCUGGGGAGUUGCUUUAUCUUUCUGGCUCCCAGUUUUGUUGGGUUUUUUUUUUUUUUUUGGUUAUUUGGUAUAAUUAUAUUUGUGACAAUCAGAAAACUAAAGGAACUGUAAACUGGCCUUUUUGGUUUUAUGAUCUGGCUGUUGCCAGCUCCCUGGUUAGCCCUUAGUAACCCAUGUCAAUCAGUUAACUUUUAUAAGAAAUCUUUAUGAGACAGUUUCUCUGCUUGCAACAUCCUUAAAGUGAAUCCAUAUUUCUUUUUUCCUUUUAAAGCAAUUAGCCCAUUGCCCAAAGGUUUUACCAAUUUAAAGUUGGAACUGCCUUUCUGGGAUCUAAUUCCAAGGACAUCUACACAGCUGAGCAAGAUGGGUGAUACUAGUGCUAGGUUAUUCCUCACAUGGACAGGACCAAGCAUUCUCACGUCAUCUCAUCUUUCAACAGCUGGCUCUUAACCCCCUCCUCUACCAGUGUCCCGUCCACUCAGGUCCCUAGUCAUGCCUAUGCAAAACAAGCUGACAGUGCUGCCUGCAGGCUUAAGGGCUUCAGUCUCGAACUCUAUGUUUGGAGUAAUGCGAGCGGACUGAAAGGGCAAGCAAUAACAUUACCCUACCAGAUAGCCAUAGCGUCCUCUUCUCAGCCCCAGCUCCACUCCACCCCACUCCUGUGGCCAGUGGUCAAAAUGGAAAAUAAUAACUGGAGAGGAUGAGGAAAUCAAAGGAUCAGGGAACUAGAGCAUCAUGUGAAUUCACCAGCAGGAUGUACAAAUUGCUUGUAUUUACAUUGUUUUUAUGGAGUUAGGGGAAUAAAACUGAUGGUCUAUUUUAAAAAUGUAAGCCAUGCUUCACCUCUUAAUUUUUUAUCUGACAAAAUGAGCAACUUAAAUUCCGUGAAACAAAUAAACAUCUUUGUAAAGUU